UUGCAACCCAAUGGUUGCCAUUUAAUAUUUCAUCCUAGGCGCAUGGAUUGCGGCUUCCGUACUGUGAUUUUUUUUCCGCCCGCCUUGGAUGCUGCAAGGAUCAGGGAGUGAAACUGAGAAGACUACCAACAUCUUGCCCACAGUCUUUCAUACUAUUGAACCUCAAUUGUGAAAAUUCGGGUAAAGCAUAUAUAGCGAAGGAGCGUUUGUUGCGACCUUUUACACCAUAGGAAAAGUGAAGCAAAAAGAGCCAUAGAGAUGGACCGCUGGAAAGGCAGAGUGGCUCUGGUGACGGGAGCCUCGGUGGGGAUCGGAGCGGCUGUUGCGCGGGCGCUGGUCCAGCACGGCAUGCGGGUGGUCGGCUGCGCCAGGAGUGUUGACAAGAUAGAGAAGCUGGCAGCCGAGUGCCAGAGCGCGGGCUACAGCGGCACCCUGAUCCCCUACAAGUGCGACCUGUCCAACGAGGAGGACAUCCUGUCCAUGUUCUCGGCCAUCAAGACGCUGCAGCAGGGCGUGGACGUGUGCAUCAACAACGCCGGGCUGGCCCACAGCGAGCCGCUGCUCAGUGGCAAGACGGAGAGCUGGAGGAACAUGAUCGACGUCAAUGUCAUGGCGUUGUCUAUCUGUACCCGAGAGGCCUACAAAUCCAUGAAGGAGAGGAAUGUGGAUGAUGGCCACAUCAUCAAUAUUAACAGCAUGGGCGGCCACCGAAUGGUCCCGAGCGCCGACGAGCACUUCUACUGCGCCACAAAGUACGCUGUGACGGCGCUCACUGAGGGGCUGAGGCAGGAGCUCCGCGAAGCCAAGACCCACAUCAGGGCCACGUCGAUAUCCCCUGGGAUCGUGGAGACAGAGUUUGCGUUCCGACACCACGACAGUGAUCCCCAGAAGGCCGCCGCAGUGUAUGAGAGCAUAAAGUGUUUGAAGGCCGAGGAUAUAGCCAGCGCAGUCACUUAUGUCCUCAGUGCCCCUCCUCAUGUGCAGAUCGGAGAUGUACAGAUGAGGCCCGUGGAACAGGUUUCAUAGCGACGAAGCAAAAAAAAAACGAGCUAUCAGGGAAGACGAGGGCUGACGGCAGCCGUGUCGACUCCAUAGUGACCCCUGGUGGCGAAAAUACAAACAGCUUACAAACAGCUUGGUGCGGAGAGACCCACAACGAGAGGGUUGAGGGGGGUAAUCGAUGAGAAAAGCUGCAUGAUUAUUACAUCUUUAAGGGUGCGGAUGUUCUCAGCCACUCCCUAAAUACUACUGAAUAGGGUAACCUGGUCUUUUGGAAUGUUUUCUUGCCUUGUGAAGAACUAAAGUCAACCGCAAAAGAAAAGCUCCCCAACUAAACCGUGCUGCAGCAUACAUAACACUGUGCAGAGGACAGCAGGUCACCUUACUUUGUAAGAAAGAGUACAGCAGUGUGUUCUUCUGAGAGUCUAGCAUUGAUGCACGCAUCAGGCUUGUUAUUGUUCUUUAGUAUCCUUCGGUUUUUAAAAGUCAUGCCACAUAUCUUUACAAAUACGAAAUGUUAAAGGAGAGUAAUUGUUGUUUGUAAGGAAGGAUAACAGAAAAUAUAUGUUUUAAUGUUUUAUAAAUAUUUUAACAUUUUGAUUAUACAUAGACGAGUGUCCUGCUACACACAGUCACGCACACACACACACACACACACACACACACACACACACACACACACACACACACACACACACACA